UUUCUUGCUAUUUGUCACUGUUGAUAACAUAGUCCAACGCUAGUCAAUUCAUGUAAUGUAUCUAACAACUCAUUUUUUUCCCCAAAAAAAAAACUGAUGCAUGCUGUGCUGGAUUACACACAGUGAUUUUCAGCUACUUCUUGAGCCUCCCGCCUUAACCACAGUGUCUUUUCAUUCUCAUCAGCCAGUCACCGUCCAUAUCCAGGGCUCUUCAUCUUCUUUGUAGCUCUCUCUGUCUCUCUCUCUCUCUCGGUUUUCUUCUUUCUUCUUCUUCUUCAGUGUGGCUUUUGGCUAAAAAACUAAGAAGAACCGAAGCUUCAGUCAUGAACAGCAACUACGGUAAAGAAAAGCUAGUGGUGGAGGUGGUGGGAGCUCACAACCUCAUGCCUAAAGAUGGGGAAGGUUCGUCUUCUCCGUUUGUGGAGAUUGAGUUUGAGAACCAAAGGUUGCGAACGCAGGUGAAGUACAAGAAUUUGAACCCCAUUUGGAAUGAAAAGCUCGUGUUUCACGUUAAAGAUGUUAAUGACCUUCCGUACAGAACUAUAGAGAUUAAUGUCUUCAACGAGAGGCGGUCGAGUAAUAGCAGAAAUUUUCUGGGAAAAGUUCGAGUUUCUGGCUCUAGUAUUGGUAAGGAAGGUGAAGAGAUUGUUCAGCUUUAUACGCUUGAUAAAAGGAGCUUGUUUUCUCAUAUCAGAGGUGAGAUAAGCUUGAAGCUUUACAUUUCGACUAGAGAAGAGGUUAAGGAUCAAGUUGGGGCUGAUAAUGGAGUCGUGUCCUCUGUCUCUAGUUCGUCCUCAAAUGGGUUUACUAAGAAGAACAAAAAGUUACAGGGACAGAACUCGUCCAUGGCGACUCAGCAGCUUGUACACGAAACUAAGCCCUCUCAACAGGGUCAGAAUCUCUCGAAGCACGUGGACCCCAACCUGGGUGAGAUGAAGCCUGUUGUUAUAACGACAGGCCCGGGUCCUGUCAUUCCCGGAGCUGGCGGCGUAGGACUCGGAAGUGGCGGCGGUGGUGGUGGGCGGAUUGGUGGGAUGGGUUUGUACGCAAAUGGGUCGAGCGAGUUUUCACUCAAGGAGACUCGUCCUCAACUCGGUGGAGAAUCGCUUCAGAAGGACAAAACCAGCUCUACCUACGAUCUCGUCGAGCAAGUGCAGUAUCUUUACGUGAGAGUAGUGAAAGCCCGGGAAAUUUCAAUGUUCGGCGGCGCAGAUUUGGUGGCUGAAGUUAAGCUCGGAAACUAUAGAGGAAUCGCUAAGAGAAUAAGCUCGAACAACGUUGAAUGGGACCAAGUCUUUGCCUUUUCGAAAGAUUGUCUACAGUCAUCAAUGGUGGAGAUAUUCGUUAAGGAGAGUAGCAAAGACGACAUCGUGGGCCGCGUUUGGUUCGACUUGAGCGAGGUUCCGAGACGGGUCCCGCCGGACAGUCAGUUAGCUCCACAGUGGUACCGAAUGGAAGACAAGAAAGGAGACAAGAGCAAAGCAGGUGAGGUUAUGGUAUCGAUAUGGUUCGGAACCCAAGCUGACGAGGCGUUUGCUGAAGCCUGGCAUUCGAAAUCGGCAAAUGUUCAUUUUGACGGGCUUUGUUCGAUCAAGUCGAAAGUUUACUUGUCGCCAAAGCUUUGGUACUUGAGAGUGUCGAUUCUCGAAGCUCAAGACAUCAUUCCUGGAGAGAAAGGUUCGACAUUGAUGAGGUUUCCGGAGCUUUACGUGAAAACCCAGGUGGGGAAUCAAGUUUUGAGGACUAGGGUGGCUCAGCCAUGCCCGACUCGAAGCCUCUCCAAUCCUUAUUGGAGCGAAGAAAUGAUGUUCGUGGUGGCCGAUCCUUUCGAAGACUACUUAUUCAUCUCCGUCGAAGACCGCGUGGCUCCGGGGAGAGAAGAGGUCGUUGGAAGAGUCAUUCUUCCUGUGACGGCGAUCGAAAAGCGAAACAACGAGAAGCCAGUCGUUUCGAGGUGGUUCAACCUUGACAAUGGUCAUUUUAACAACCCUGCGGAGUCGAAAAUGGUGUCGAGAUUUGGGUCGAGGAUUCAUCUCCGGGUGUCACUCGAUGGAGGUUACCAUGUUCUAGAUGAAGCUACUAUUUACUGCAGUGAUGUUAGACCUACUGAGAAGAAUCUAUGGAAGCCCCACAUUGGAGUACUCGAAAUGGGGAUUUUGGGAGCCACUGGGCUUAUGCCGGUUAAGAUCAAAGAGGGGAAAGGAGGCUCUACUGAUGCCUAUUGUGUUGCCAAGUAUGGUCAGAAAUGGGUUCGGACUCGUACUGUGGUUGAUAGUCUGUCACCCAAGUGGAAUGAGCAGUAUACUUGGGAGGUUUAUGAUCCUUGUACAGUGAUCACAGUUGGGGUUUUUGAUAAUGCCAAGAUCGACAAGAACAUGUCAAACAACCCCGGUGGUCGUGAUUCUCGGAUUGGGAAAGUUAGGAUUCGAUUGUCGACGCUGGAGACUGAUAGAGUUUAUACUCAUUCGUACCCUCUUUUGAUGCUCCACACUUCUGGGGUCAAGAAAAUGGGGGAGCUUCAUUUGGCAGUUAGGUUCUCCUGUACCAAUAUGACUAAUAUGCUGAACAUGUACACAAUGCCGUUGUUGCCCAAGAUGCAUUACGUGAAUCCUUUGAGUGUGAACCAGUUGGAGAGUUUAAGGUACCAGGCCUUGAACGCAGUGUCAUCACGGUUGAGCCGGGCUGAGCCACCACUUGGCCGGGAAGUGGUUGAGUACAUGCUCGAUCAUGAUUCUCAUAUGUGGAGCAUGAGGAGAAGCAAAGCCAACUUCUUUCGCCUCAUGGGCGUCGUGUCUGGUUUGGUAGCCAUGUGUCGUUGGGUCGAGGCAAUGAGGAAUUGGCACAAGCCAGUGUAUUCAACUCUGUUUGUUGCUCUGUUUCUUAUGUUGGUGGCAUUUCCUGAGCUUAUUAUCCCUACUGUGUUGUUCUACAUGGCCUUUAUUGGACUUUGGAGGUAUCGUUCCAGGCCGCGCCACCCGCCCCAUAUGGACAUCCGUUUGUCUCACGCCGAGAGCGUUUUCCCUGAUGAACUUGAUGAGGAGUUUGAUUCAUUCCCGACUAGUCGAAGCGCAGAUAUUAUUCGAAUGAGGUAUGAUCGGCUAAGGAGUGUGGCCGGAAGGAUUCAAACUGUUGUUGGAGACAUGGCUUCUCAAGGUGAACGUUUCCAAGCGCUGAUAAGCUGGAGAGACCCAAGGGCAAGCUUCUUGUUUGUAAUAUUUUGCUUGAUUGCUGCUGUUGGUCUCUAUGCUGUGCCAAUCAGAGUUGUCGUGGCUUUGUGGGGGUUGUAUGUGCUUAGGCCGCCGAGGUUCAGGAGCAAGUUGCCUUGUCGUGCUUUGAGUUUCUUCAGAAGGUUGCCCUCCAGAGCAGAUAGCUUCUUGUAGAAAAGGGGUGAAUGGUCUUCAUUUGUGGCUUUGAUUUUUUUUUUUGGGUGUUUUAACUUUGUUAAAGGAUGUGAUUAGGUGGGGGAAAGAGACAGGCUUUUGGUUUUUUUUUUUGUAUCAUUUCCCUUUUAGUCGGGUAGCUGAUUGAUUGUGUCUACUGUCCAGUGGAACUAACUAUUUAUUUAUGCAUAUUCUGUAGAACCAAUUUGUGUAUCCAUCUAGCUAAUACCAUUAUUAAAUCUUUUGUUCA